CUCAACACCAAUGGAAAAGAGCGACUUUCAACGAGUUUCCCAAAUCUAAGAAACGACGGCGGGAAAAAGUUGCCACGGCAGUUUUGCCACCCGUGGGAGCGGCGCACCAUUUUUGAGAUCUUACUUCCCCCUGGCCAGUGGCAAUAUUCUUUCGAGCAAUUGGCACCACGAUGCCCGCUGGUUCGCCUGCGGACGACUCUGGUGACCAGAGAGGCUCUACGUCCAAUCCCAAUCCCCUGUCUGAGGGAUCGCAAGCACCAGCCCAUGAGGGGGUUCAAGCGCUUUGGCUAAACAAACUGGACCCCUCCAAGACACUCGAAAAUUCGGGAAGCGUAGCGCGCGAUCACUUGGCAAAUGAGAGAACUUGGUUAGCGUAUCUUCGAACAAGCUUAGCCCUGGCUUCUGCAGGGGUUGCUCUGGUGCAACUUUUUACGAUAUCAGCCAAAACAUCCAAUGACAACAAUUCACAAGACGGGUCACACCUACAACGUUUCGCGAGACCUCUUGGCGCAGCCACUGUGUGUAUUGGAAUCAUUGUCUUAGGCAUCGGCGCACAACGAUACUUUAGAGUCCAGCAUGCCCUCACCAAGGGACGGUUUCCUCCUGCGCGAAUCUCAAUGGGUAUAAUAAGCUCCCUGCUCGUUACAACUGUUGCAGUAACGUUCGGCGUGCUUCUGGGCGUGCGCCGAUGAAAUUCUUUUACUUUAGGAUAUCUGUACUUUAUUUACGUUCUGUCGAUGAACUCGAUGGUGGAUCGGCCUGCAUGAGUUCUUAUCCCACCACCGACUUGCCCCAUGUGUACUAUCACCUGCAUACCUAAUUUCAGCUGGUUGUCCGCCACAAG